CAAGUGGUGGCACAGAAAUCCGGCACAUUGCAUCGAAACUUAAGCUAAGACCUCAUUUUUCGGUCAUUCACUAUAGGUGCUCAAAGAGAGCGAUGGCAUGGCUCAGUUUUCCCCUGACUUGGAUUGUCGUUGCUACUAUAGCAUGUACAACCAUGUCAAAAGCUCGGCCGAUGGAAGAGUCUGGUGGUGCCAAGUGCAAGAGAGCAUUGCUGUUCCGUAGGCGACAGGCUGUUGUGCUUCGGCCAUAUGAAUGAGGCUGAAGGAUCUUACACGAGAUUUUGCACCUAUAUGUCUUCUUGGUGGCCUCCCCGCAUUGAAAAUGAACCUGACGGGAUUCCUUGUGGCUUAUUGCCAAGCACCAGGAAAAAUCACGUCUGCCAACACGGAAAAUGUGUUCAUGUUGACGAUGUAACAUGUCUACCAAUUGAUGAAAAAGAAACAUUUGUGACAAGUGGCACACCUGAGCGGCGGGUUCCGGUGGCUUCCACGGAACGUAUAGUUAUUAAAACAAAAAACAGGACACAGCAUGCGAAAGAAGAUAACAUAGCGGAGAAUGUCUCAACAUUAAACACCACAGAGAAUGCAACCAAAUUAAGUACGGAAUACGAUGCAACAACUGGAAAUGCAGUGAACGAAAAUUCAACUGAACGCAAAACAAUGAGUGUUGGAACGGAAAAAAAUACACUAAUAUUUGGAACACAGCAUUCCACCACAGCAUCUGUAUAUACAAAAAUUUGGGGGACGAACGAAACAACUGAAGAUACAGCGACCAAUAUGACGACAAAACAUGCAAUGAAAACUAACACAGAGAACACAACGAAUACACCUACAAUGACAGAUAAAAUGAAAAAUGAAAUCAUGACAAAUUCAACACAGAUAUCAACAACAAAAAUAACAAUUGAAACUCUCGCAACAGAAAAUACCACAGGUUAUGAAGAAACAAAAGGUACGAAAAAUAAAGCCACUAGAGUCUUUACAUUACAAAGUGCAGCGAUUUCAAAUGUGACCAUGUACUCAUCUCCUAGGUAUCAAACGGAUAAAGCAACGCCAAACAAAACUGACCACGCAGAAACCCAGAGUGAAAUGGGGCAUACCACUACAGAAAGUAUGACUAAUGGUACUCCUGAUUAUGGAUCCCAGGAUGAUAGCGUAACAAAUACGACAGGCAGGACAACAUUCAAAACUGUAGCAGAACUUGUAAAACCAGAAGAAGCAAAAAAUAUUUCGACAACAAGAAAUGCUACCACUAAUGCAACAAGAAAGCCCUCAGAAAUUUAUGAACAAAAGGAAACUUCAGAGGCGCACGGAAAAGUGGAACUUGCAACGGAGCAUUCACUCAAUUAUACAAGAUUAGGGAGUUUGACGAAUCAUACAAUAACAAGAAUUACAAUGGAGUCUUCAACAGCAGACGUUACAGCGAAGUACGCAGCUCAAAAUACAACUGAGAAUGCCCCGAAUGUUUAUAUAACGAAGGUGACCACAAUUAGAAUUCAAGAGGAAACUGCACAGACUGAUAAUACAAGGCAGGCUUCAAUAACAGAAAGCUAUGCCGAGAAUGCAACAACACAUAAUGAUUGUACAACAGAAUAUACACCGACGCAAAACACAACACCAUACGUCACUACAAGUUUUACAAGUAAUGUUGCAACAGUAGAAACAAAAAAGCAAUAUGGAGGAAUGAAAAAUCUGACAGAGAAUGCAACAAGAACAAAUAGACUGCAGCAAGAAAAAGAAAGUGUUGUGGUGAGUACCACAAUGAAAAACGCAAAGGGUGAGCUAACGACAAAUAUUACAGUGGAGUAUCCAACAAAAACAGCAGUGCAUGAUUCAACAAUUGAAAAGAAACCAGCCAAUUCACGUACAGAAAAUACAACUACGCAAGAUACAACAAAAUAUAGUACAGGGAUUGCAAAAACAGAGACUAAUUUUUUUAUACCGACCAAUAAUACUGCAAAGAAUUUUGAAAAAUAUGCAACAGAGUAUGUAACAGAAAAUACAACAAAGCAAACAAAGAUGGAAAGUGUCAUAAGGGAUGGAGCAACAAAAAGUAUAGCGGCAAAGUCAACAAGUCACAACGAAUUACAGACAGCGACAUCAAAAUUUGCAAAUGUUCACAGAAAAACAUCUCAUACGAGAAACCAUGCCACAACUGCACUUACGAGCGAAUACAAAUACACAGACACUGAAGGAAGACUGGGGAAUGCUAAAAGUGAAAGUGGAACAGAGCCUGCAACUUCAGAGUAUACAAAGCUGCAUAAAACGAAAAUUCAAAAUGUUCCAGGAACUGCUACAACCCCAACAACUAAGCAGUACUCAACAAUUAAAAGCACAGCAGGCCCUACAACAAUCGAAAGUACCCCAGAUUAUUCAAGAAUUGAAAGUGGAACACAGACUGCCGCAUCAAAGUAUGCAACUGAGCAUACAAAAAUGAAAAAAGCGACAGGGAAUGCAAGAGCCCCAACUACAAUAGAGUACACAACAACCUGAAAACACAGCAAGCCAUGGAAGAAGUGAAAAGAAAACGCAAACUGCGCCAUCAAAAUCCACAAAUGUGCAUGUAUUAAUAAAAAAUGCAACAGGAAAUGCCUCAAUUUCAUCUGCAAGAGAGUACACAGCAACCAAAAGAACAGCGGAAUAUUCAACAACUGAAGGGGGAAGACUGACUGCAGCAUCGAAAAAUACAACUGUGCACAUAACAAUGGAAAAUGAGAGAAGGAAUGCCACAACCUUAAUAACAAGACAGUACACAAAAACUGAAAGCACAUCGGGGCAUGCAACAAGUGAAAAAGGAAGACAGGCGGCGACAUCAACAUAUACAACUGUGCAGACAAAAUUAAAAAAUGUUACAAGAAAUCCUACAACCACGAGGGCAAGAGAGCAUACAACAACCGAAAGAAAAACAGGUAAUUCAACGAGGAAAUUCGACAAAAAAACUGCAACAUCCGACUAUACAACCCUGAAUGUAAAAAGAGAAAAUUCGACAGGGAAUGCCAUCACACCUAAAACUAAGUACACAACAACUGGAAGUACAGUGGGCAAUUCAACAAGUGGAAAAGUAAGGGAGACUGAAAGAGCUGAUUAUGUAGCUGUGCAUAAAGAAAUAGAAAAUGCGACAGGCACUGCCACAACGCAAAGUAUAACGGAGUACACAGACACUGAAAGUACAGUGGGCCAUUCAACAAGUGGAACACUGACACCAGCAUCUGAAUAUCACGGUGUAUUACACCGUGCUGAAUAUACAACGUUGCAUAAGGAAAUGGAAAAAGCAACAAGAAAUCUCACUUCAAGCACAAGAGUGUUCAGAACGACCCUUAGUGCACCGAGUAAUUCAACAAGUGAAAGUGGAACACCAAUUACAACUUCGGGGUAUACAACUGUGCGGCAAGAAAUGGAAAGUGCUACAGGGAACACCACAAUAACAAGUACAAUAAAACAUACAGCAGAAACUGGAGUAGAGAAUCCAAAAGCUGAAUAUACAGUUGUAAUCGCUACAAAAGAAAAGACAACAGAGAUGGAGCCAACAAGCAAAAGGGCAGCCAUGAUUUCAAGAGCCCUCACUACUAAGCCUUGCUCCACUAAAGAACCCAGCACUCUGGAGGACACAACGACCGUGAAUGAAGAAGUGACGACUGACUUCGCUGAAGAUAAAACUGACAGUCGGACUACAAGCACCGUCAGUGAGUCAGACACUUCACCCAACCAGCCCACUGAGGGUAGUCGAAUUGAACCUAAGACAUUAGCGUCUUCCCAUAGUACCGUAAGUGGAUCAUACAGUUACCUUCUCAGUAGUCGCAUAAGCAAUGUGAUAUUUCUCUGUGUCCUUGGCCUUUGCGCAGGCAAUAUAAGUGCCUUAUAGAAUCUGCCACGUAAGUGCCUAAUAAAUGGAAGGAAAUUUU